AUGUCUGAAGCUAAGAUGCAAAAGGUCAUUCUGACCAGCAACGAUGGUGCUUCCAUCGAAGUCGACCGUGCCGUCGCAGAGCGUUCCAUGCUCCUCAAGAACAUGAUCGACGAUCUAGGCGAGGAAGCUAUUGGUUCCAAUCCGAUCCCCAUUCCCAACGUCAACGAGGCUGUUCUGCGCAAGGUCAUCGAGUGGUGCGAGCACCACCGCAACGACCCCCUCCCCACUGCCGACGAGGAGAACGACAACCGCAAGAAGACCACCGACAUUGAGGAGUGGGAUCAGAAGUUCAUGCAGGUUGACCAGGAGAUGCUGUUCGAGAUCAUCCUAGCCUCCAACUACCUCGACAUCAAGCCCCUGCUGGACGUUGGCUGCAAGACUGUCGCCAACAUGAUCAAGGGCAAGUCCCCCGAGGAGAUCCGCAAGACCUUCAACAUCACCAACGACUUCACCCCCGAGGAGGAGGAGCAGAUUCGUCGCGAGAACGAGUGGGCCGAGGAUCGUUAA